AUGGUAGAGGAGAUGUUGGGUGCAGAAGAAGCUAAGGUGUUGAAAAUUGUGGUGGUGGGUAAACAGUGGGAGCACGCAAUCUUGCAUAUAAGCAUCAAGAGGAGAGAGAGGUGGGGGAAUAUUAUCAGAAUCUGUGGCAGUAUCAGGAUGGGGAAGGCAAAAGAAGCGGUGGUGGUUGCUGGAGCCCUAGCAUUUGCGUGGCUAGCUAUAGAGCUCGCUCUCAAACCCUUCCUCACCAAGGCACGUGCCUCCGUCGACAACUCCGACCCCGCUCGUGACCCCGACGACGUUUCCCUCCCUGCUGCUCCUAAACCCACCGACGACCUCCCUGACGCUUCUGAUUCUCAAACCGCCUCCGACGAAGCCUCUGACGCCUGA